AUGGCCUCCCAAGGCCCUCCUAUGAUAAGACUGCUCUGCAUCAUCCCGAUAUCAACCACUGCCAUGACCGAGGACCUUAGUCGAAUUUACAAGUCAACCCCUAGUCUUCAGAUAACGUUCAUUGACGGCCACGGCCUCGUUGGCUGUCCGCCUUGCAUCGAGAACCACGCGCAAGCAUUAGAAUCAACCAGAGCUCUUUUACCCCGGGCGAUUGACUACAUCCAUUCUCACACCGUCGAAGGCGUCCUCGUCUGCUGUUUCUCGGAUCAUCCUCUCGUAUACGCCCUAAGGGAACUGGUCACCAUUCCCAUCAUGGGGAUGUUCCAGGCUGCCCUUCAAGAAGCCACGCAAUGCGACGGGAAAUUUGGCAUCGUGACCACGGCCCGUGCAUGGGAAAAGCCGUUAACCGACUCAGUAGUCAACCUCGGCUUCCGCAAGUACUCGGCGGGCGUCAUGGCGACUGGACUCAGCCCACUCGAGUUGGAGAGUCUGGACCGAGAGGUGGUCAUUGAUCGUAUAACGACGUUCUCGAAACCAUUGAUCGACAGCGGUGCAAGAAGCAUCAUUCUCGGCUGUGCGGGCAUGACUGCACUAGAAGGAGACAUCCUAGCGACCUUCCCGCCGGGAAUAAGAACGGUUGACGGAGUGCGUGCCGGCAUCAACAUAUUAUCACACCUCACCGAAGAGACGACCAUCCUGGAAACGACAGCUUCAUGCACAGACGACGCCAAGGGCGUGUGCGUCAUUCAUAAUGCAAAAUUAACGAGUAAUGCUGAACAGGUAUUUUAG